ACCUGUUUAAUGUGCCUUGCGUUAUAGCUUCAUUAGAAGCAGGGCCAAUAACAUAAAUCAACAAACAAACAAACAAAGUUUCACCUCUUGCUGCAUGAAUCAAAGAAAAAUUAGGCCAGAAACGUAAAUUACUUACAAAAUCACAUAAAAAUUUACCGAAAGAAGGCCGCAGAAGUAUGCUCUUUGUCGGAAUCGUAGAAAAGUAACCACUGACCAAAAACCAUUUGCAUCAUAGAGGUACUACGUGCAACCGUCCCUCCGGCCGUAGACCCAGCAGCACAGUGCAGUAAGCAGGUUGGUAGCAGGAACAGCCGAUCGAGGCACGGUGUGGUGCAGUGCAUUUGUGUUACCGACAACAAGUUCCCUUGGAGUUGUCGCAACGGCGCCGUUUAGGAUGGAUGCCAAAAAUGACGAUUCCGCUGGCAGCGACUCGCUGGACAAGUCUUUGCAAAAGAAAUGUGUAGUCGAUGACGUUGGUCAGGGUGAGGGUUCAACGGCAAAUGCAGCGCUGGCGCAAGGCAUUAGUGAAAGAAAUGAUAAACAAAAAUCGGAUACUGACGCUGAAAAUCACCCUCCUGCAAUUUCCAAUAAUUCACAAAACAAGACUGAGAAGAGUGCAGGUGAUGGCGUAUGCGGUAGUGUCUUGGAAAAUAGUUGCCGAGUGGAAGGUAAAUAUGAAAGCAGUAGCAUUCACAACGCAGGGAUUGCAAACGAUUCAGAAACAGCGCUUGUAGUUGAUGAUGCGCACGAAGCGGCUAAUGUCGCCAAUGUUAAUAGCAAUGCGGCAGAAGGUAAAACGUACACUCUUAACAGUGAUGAUGCCGCCAUUUCCAAUAAUAUAGAAAAUGAUGCAGCAGAGGCGCCUAGCGAAAGUAACUCCAAUAGUAGCAACAACAGCACCAAUAGCAACAGUAAUUGUAGCAGCAACAAUAGUUAUGUCUUCGAAACAAAAGUUAAGCGGAUCUCCAAGAACCUCAAAGAGACAACUCUGGCUGAGUGCGCGAAUAAGAAAGCCUCAGCAGACGAUACGAACUCCACUUCGUCCGCAUCUUCAGCCUCAUCGGCCUCGUCUACACCGGAGUGUGAACAGGCGACAGUCGAUGACGCGACGGCGGCUUUAUACUCGUUGGGUCCUAGCACUAGCGCCGCCGCGGCGGCAGCAGCAGCAGCCGUAGCUGGCGGUGCCAGUGGCCAAGAUGAGCAUGAUCAUCGCUCAAAAAAAGUACGGUUUCAUCCAGAUGUUAAGGAAAACGACGGUGGUAAUAGGGUUAUUCCAAAAAAGAAGAAGAAACUGAAAACAGCUCAGGCUGGAGGUAGCCCGGGCAGCGGCGCUGGUGGCGCUGGCGAUGAUGCGUCAGGUAGUAGUCAACGAGGUACAUCGGCUGAAGAUGACAUGGAGUUUGACGAAGAGGAAGAUGUGGAAGAGGAAGGUACUUUCAGCAUAGCUAAAACGAUAGAAGACGCGCAAGAUUAUUUGAAGGAGCAUCCGCUCACAUUUGCCGGUUCAUUUGAUAAAAGUAAUGUCACCACACAAAGCGGUCUGCUAGAAGAAGGAGACUUACCACAGCUAGCCGAAGCAUCAGAAGACGAUGACGAAGACUUCUGUGGUCAAGAGCUUCCAGAGAAUGGAGUGGCAUGCAUUCUAGGCAAACAAAAUAAAUGCGGAAAGGUUGAGUUCCUGCUGCGUUAUGUAGAUCGGCCUGGCUUAUUUUGGGAAACAGAAGAAUUAAUCGGUCAGCGAUGUCCCAAUUUACUUAAUCAGUAUGAGCAAUGUCGUGAAAAACGUCAGGCGCGUUUAAUGAACUUUGUGGCGAAGCGUCAAAACCUACGGCAGCGAUACACCGACUUCUAGAAACAAAUGUGUUCACGUUGAGGUUGACUUGACUACUGGAACAACAACCAUAUUUCGCUUUAUAGUGUUUGCGGUGCAGAAAUGCUUCUCACGAUAAAAAUAUAUAUAUAUACAAAAAUCAUUACAAUACAAAAAGUAUGAAAUUUAACGCAAAAUUGCUGCUUUA